AUGCCGGGAGCCGGAGCGCGCAGUGGCGGCAGCGGCGGCGGCGACGGCACCCACAGCGGCGGCAACAGCGGGGACGCGAGCGGGGCGGUGACCGUGUGGGAGGUGGUCUCGCUCUUGGGGAAGCUGCUGGGCACCGUCGCCGCGCUGAAGGUGGUCCUGUACCUGCUCCGGGUGUGCUUAGCGAUGGCCUGGAAAUCCGGCGGCGCCAGCCACUCGGAGCUGAUCCACAACCUUCGCAAAAAUGGAAUCAUCAAGACAGAUAAAGUAUUUGAAGUAAUGCUGGCUACGGACCGUGCCCACUAUGCAAAAUCUAACCCUUAUAUGGAUUCUCCACAAUCAAUAGGUUUCCAAGCAACAAUCAGUGCUCCACACAUGCAUGCAUAUGCACUAGAACUUUUAUUUGAUCAACUGCAUGAAGGAGCUAAAGCUCUUGAUGUAGGAUCUGGAAGUGGAAUCCUUUCUGCAUGUUUUGCACGUAUGGUUGGAGCUAGUGGAAAAGUCGUAGGAAUUGAUCACAUUAAAGAGUUAGUAGACGACUCAAUAAACAAUGUCAGAAAGGACGAUCCUACACUUUUGUCUUCAGGAAGAGUGCAACUGGUUGUGGGGGACGGAAGAAUGGGAUAUGCUCAAGAAGCCCCUUAUGAUGCUAUUCACGUAGGAGCUGCAGCCCCCGUUGUGCCCCAGGCACUAAUAGACCAGUUAAAGCCUGGUGGAAGAUUGAUACUGCCUGUCGGUCCUGCUGGUGGAAAUCAGAUGCUGGAGCAGUACGACAAGCUGCAAGAUGGCAGUGUGAAAAUGAAGCCUCUGAUGGGAGUGAUCUACGUGCCUUUAACAGAUAAAGAAAAGCAGUGGUCCAGGAUUUCCAGUACUAUGUUGAAUAAAACUGGCAAGAGUGGGCAUCCUUGUCUUGUUCCUGAUCUUACAGGAAAAGCUUUCAGCUUUUCACCGUUGAGUAUGAUGUUAGCUGUGGGCUUGUCAUAUGUGGCCUUUAUUAUGUUGAGGGACGAACUGUAA